CUUCUCAUAGACAAGCGUCAGGCCUCAAGCGCAGUGAUGCCGUCACUUGAGAAAUCAUUCAAAUACUCUCAUCUGGUCAGUAUGCAAAGCGCCAGUCUUUUGAUUGUAAACUUCAUCAUAUCACUGUCAAGAUGAGGUUCCUCGAUCUCUUCAGCGGUUUACUGUGCGUUUCUUCUGCGGCAGCUUUCAAAAAGCCUGCCAAGCCUACUCUUCCAAGGUCCGUGGUUGAGAGAAGUCUGCCUAACCAGCCAUUCUCGCAUCCUGAAAUCCAGAAACGAGCUUCUCAUUUCCUGACGGAGAAGACCAAGGCUUUUGCUGUUAACGGCACUGGGAUUCCAGAGGUUCCUUUCGAUAUUGGCGAGAGUUAUGCUGGUUUGCUUCCAAUCUCGGACAGUCCUGAUGAGACACGAAAGCUCUUCUUCUGGUUUUUCCCUUCGACAGCUGAACAGACUCCUGAGGAUGUCACUAUCUGGCUUAAUGGCGGUCCUGGAUGCUCCUCUCUCUCUGGUCUCUUGACUGAGAAUGGUCCUUUUACCUGGAUGUCGGGAACGCUUGCACCAGUGCAGAACCCAUACUCGUGGACAAAUCUUACAAACAUGCUGUUUGUAGAACAGCCCAUUGGCGUUGGCUAUUCCCAAGGAACACCCAACAUCACCAACGAGGUUGAGCUUGCCACUGAAUUCCGUGGCUUCUACAAGCAGUUUGUAGAUACCUUCCAGACUAAGAGCUGGAAGACAUACAUCACGGGAGAAAGCUACGCUGGCUACUACGUGCCGUACAUUGCCGAUGGUUUUAUCUCUGCGAACGACAACGAGUACUUCAACCUCGCGGGUAUUCAGAUUAACGAUCCCAUCAUCGGCGACGAGACCAUUCAGCAGCAAGUCGUCAUAUUGCCAUAUGUGGAAUUCUGGCAGAACUUCCUCUACCUCAACGAGACUUUCCUUGACCAGGUCCGCGAUCGCCAAGACUCCUGCAACUACUCAUCUUAUCUCGACACCUACUUCAAGUUCCCGCCUCCUCAAAAGCCCUUCCCCGUUUUGACCGACCCCUACAGCACCGAAGAUGGCGCGUGUGACAUGUUCGACACUUUCUAUGCUGCCAUUCUGGAAGUAAACCCGUGCUUCAACAUCUACCACAUUUCUGAGACCUGCCCUCAUCCAUACAGCCAACUCGGUAUAGUCAACACCGGGGACUAUUCGCCCCCUGGCAGCCAGAUCUACUUCAACCGUACGGACGUUAAGAAGGCUCUACACGCCAACGUGGACACCAACUGGCUUCAGUGCACUGAUAUCAAUGUGUUUGGAAACGGUAACGCGAGUAGCUUCGCUUCCGAUGCAUCGCCGCCCCCUGCCAACAACGGUGUCCUCCAGCGCGUUAUCGAGUACACGAACAACACGAUCAUUGGAUCCGGAGACCUUGACAUGCUUCUCAGUACCAACGGAACGCUCUUCGCUUUACAGAACAUGACCUGGAACGGCGCUCAAGGUCUCUCUGAGUACCCUGCCACCCCGCUCUAUGCGCCUUACCACCCUGAAUACAACGGUGGUUCGCUCGCCGGCGCCGGCAUCCAGGGUGUCUGGACUGCUGAGCGUGGGUUGACAUUCUACACUGCUCGCCUUGCUGGCCACGAGCUGCCCGGGUACACUCCUGGCGUCGCAUAUAGGAUGCUCGAAAUCCUUCUCGGUAAAGUGGCCAACUUUAGCAGCACCGAGAGCUUCACCACCCAGAACGGCAACUACACUGGCAACGGCACAAUUUACAAGUAAAGCUCCGAUUCACAUAUAGAUGUUGUUCUAGAUACGAACAGUAGAAUGCCACCACUUCAAGAAGACUUAGUUUUUGCACGUUGCUGGUCGCUAUUUUUAGACCAGGACAUUUAUCAACAUCCACAAUUGU